AUGUAUAUGCCUGCUGAGAGCGUACUGAUGUUCAGCGCAAAGCUUGCCAUGACCGAUAGCUAUGCAAACAACCAGAACCCUGCAGUAGUCGACGCUCCUCAGGUUGCGGCUAACUUUCCAGAUGUUGAAGGCAUCGAUCUAUCGUCUCCAACCUUCAUCAACCCUGGAGGUAUCCCGGUAAACUUUGCGAAAGGAACUUCUGGGCCAACUCCACAAUACACCCUCGGUGAGAGAAGGCCUCCUGUACGCGUGAAUUUCACUGACCAAACCAGACAACAUCAUCACAGACCUAUCGAACUGCACGGUGAUGGGUUACCUACCACGAAGAGCUCAAACCCGGGGAGGCCCGCAGCAUUCCGUACGUCACGUUGCCAAACGGUUAACACAACGACAGGAAGCUGCGCAUCUGCAUCCAGGGGAGGCCAGCACGGGAAUGAGCCAGCCGGCAACGAGGGUGUUCUCGCAUCACUGGGAAGGCUCGUUGCUGAUUCCAAGUGGACUUCCAAGGUCCUUGAGAAACUCAACUUGCUGAUCCUUCUGCGCUGCAACGUGCAUGGGGUCAAGUAUCUGCAAAGUCAGCUCGCAUCUAAUUACGAUCCUAAUCGAGACCACGCAAUUCUGGUGCGCGAGCAGACACGCAAGAUUAGGCAGCUGCAAUCCGAUUUCGAUCCGCACAUCUUUGUUGAUGAUUACCAGUACGCCGGAGACCUCCUAGUCUCCGCAAACAAAGGCCUCAACGUCAACGUCAACGCCAACAUCCGCGGCCUGGAUGAGGCGAGUUCGGCAUACUACAACCACCUCCCGCUGGAGGUGGGUGAUGAAUAUCCCAUCUUUCGGGUGCUGUAGAGGAGAUUCAUCGACAUGACAUUGAAGGAGAUAAUUGCAGCCUCACGGUCUUUUGCAAGACACAAAGGAUCAAGUACCUCCUGUAGCCAAUAAAAGUGCGAUUGAUAAGCGUUGAUGUCGAGCCAAUCAAUGUACAGUCGAAGCUGAUUAUGCCCCGCACUAGCGCCCGCUUCGUUCACCGCAUCCGUCGCAGCUUCAUGCAGGUGCAUCCUGCGCAAGGCUGCAAAGCACCGCAACAACAACAUAAACAUGUUUGCUCCAUGACAAGACGUUGCUGAAGUGUCGCAAAUGAUGCACCACAGUGAAUGGUUACCGCACUAAUAAACAACAUGCGUGUGAUCAGUGUUUGUGGAGCAAAGCAACCUGCUGCUGCUGCCUCAAGCAAGGCUCAGCCAUACGUCACGCCACUCGUUGCUAAACAACCAUAGGACCCGGCAAAACCUGGGGAAGUGGGUAGCUUGGGACGGAUCCGU